AUGUCAGUAAUUGAAGAUAGCAUACAACCACCUCCUUACAAGAUCGUACUAUUGGGAGAAUCAUCAGUGGGGAAAACCUCCCUUGUCCACAGAUUUACAUCCAAUACUUUUGAUGUCCAUAUCGCAAACACUAUAGGAGCAGCAUUCAUAACAAAAUUAUACACAUCGCAUUCUGAUGCCAAUCGGAAAGUCAAGUUCGAAAUCUGGGAUACUGCGGGGCAAGAGCGAUAUCGGUCAUUGACUCCCAUGUACUAUAGAAACGCCAAAGUGGCGUUGAUCUGCAUUGAUUUAAGCAACUUUGAAUCUACGUUUCAUACUGCAAAAUAUUGGAUUCAACAAUUGGAAUUGAAUAAUAGCAGUAAUGCCGAUGACAAACCAAUAGAAAUACACUUGAUUGGAACUAAGUAUGACUUAGUUCAACUGCAAACUACACCCAAAAUUUCCCAGGAGGACAUAGAAACUAAGGUGAAUGAAUUAAUAGAAAGUCAUGGUAAUAUUGUCAAGUUCCAUACAACUAGUUCAAAGGAAGGUACCGGAAUCGUCGAAUUAUUUGAAGAUAUAGUAGUAGCUAUAGAUGAUGAUUUCUUCAAAUCGUACUACGACAAGGCACAAUCAGAGACGGAUGUCCAAGGUGGUCCUAUAGGCUCAAUAUUAAAUGCAAGGCAUGCAGCAACGUCAGGAUGUUGUUAA